AUUUAAGUACCUACAUAUAUACAUACGUAUGUGGGGGUUGUUUGCGCAAAUACUCGUAGGUGCCUUAUACUUCCGGUAAAUUAAGGAACAAUUGAGAUGAGCUCCAACAUGUAUGAACGCUUGUAAUUUGUGCGCUCAAUUCUUAUUGUAUUUCCAAGUUAUUCAACUUGGGCCUGACUGAAGUUGUCAUAAAAAAUACCUUUGUUAUUUCGAUUAAAUCUCCGCCGAUCAGAGUGCGAGGAAAUGUGUUUGUGUACACUUCUUAUUGUGCAUGUAUGUAUUGAGAGUCGCCGAGUAAGGAGCUCUGGAAAUAACAGAUUUUACUAUUUAUUACUAAGUACUUUGUGUAUUAUUUGCCUUGGGAGUUAUAUGUUAAAAAUCAAAGUGAGUAAUGUUCUGCUAAUGUUGCUGUGCAUCUUCUUUCUACUCGCCGUACAAGCGGCAAAAAACGGACCACGCCGUAAUGUUGUGCUUAUCAUUUUUGAUGACUUGCGCCCUGCACUGGGCGGAUAUGGUGAUCAUUUGGCGCAAACCCCUCAUUUAGACGCAUUCAUCAAAGAGAGUCACUACUUCACACGUGCUUAUAGCCAGCAAUCGCUGUGUGCUCCUAGUCGCAACUCUAUGCUUACUGGCCGUCGUCCGGAUACGCUGCAUCUCUACGACUUUUACAAUUACUGGCGCGAUUUUACCGGCAACUUUUCGACGCUGCCACAGUAUUUUAAAGCGCACAAUUACUACACGUAUGGUAUUGGAAAAGUUUUCCAUCCAGGCAUUUCAUCAAACAAUACGGACGAUUAUCCCUACAGUUGGUCGCUGCCAGUGUUUCGGCCACAGAGUGAGAAGUACAUGAAUUCACCAGUGUGCCCGGAUGCUGGCGGAGUAUUGCGGAAAAAUCUAAUCUGCCCAGUUCAUCUGCAAACUCAACCGCUAAAGACACUGCCUGAUAUUGAGUCUAUUGCUGAAGCUAUACGCUUCGUCGGUGCUUAUAAGCGUCGUAGGCCAUUCUUCCUAGCAGUUGGCUUUCACAAACCGCACAUUAAUUUCCGCUUUCCGCAACAGUUCAUCGAUCAAUUUCGCCUCGAAGACUUCAAUAAUUAUACGACAGAUACCAAUAAGCCAGAGGAUAUGCCGAAUGUCGCUUGGAAUCCAUAUAUAGAUGUGCGUUCUCGAGAUGAUUUCAAACAUCAAAACAUUUCCUUCCCUUAUGGUCCGAUUUCGGCGAGACAUCGCUCGCAGAUACGUCAGGCUUACUAUGCCUCUGUUGCCUAUGUGGACGACCUAUUUGGGAAAUUCAUUGUGCAUCUAAAUAAAAGCAACACCGUCGUGCUAGUGACAAGUGAUCAUGGCUGGUCUUUGGGUGAACAUGCAGAAUGGGCCAAGUACAGUAAUUUCGAAGUGGCUUUACGCGUGCCACUCAUUAUCCGCAGUCCGGAGUUCCCGACAAAUGCUUCACAGAAUAUUCAGACUAUCGCUGAACUUAUAGACAUUUUUCCGACAUUGGUGGACUUAGCGCAUUUGCCGUCAUUGCCAUCGUGUGAGAAAUCAGCACCUUCCAGCCAGAACUUAAUUUGUGGCGAAGGCAAAAGUUUAUACCCAGUGCUGCAGGGAGUCGGUACGAACGAAGAGUACGUGGCUUUAAGCCAAUAUCCACGUCCAGGCAUAGAACCCACAAAACAUCCCAACAGCGACAAGCCGAAGCUUUCAAACAUCAAGGUGAUGGGAUAUUCGAUACGAACUCACGUGUUUCGCUACACGCUUUGGGUGCGUUUCAACGCACAUGACUUCAGCAAAGAUUGGAAUGAAAUAUUUGGUGAGGAAUUGUAUGAUCAUCGUUUGGAUGAAGGCGAAGACGUCAAUUUGGCUAAAAUGCCAGAGUACAAUGAAACCCGCACGCUUCUCAGGCAACAAUUAAUAACAGCUUUUUCAAAAUAACUUUGACAUAAAGAAUUUUAAGGGCGAUCACCAAUCGCCCAGAAAAAGUAUGAUAUACAUAGAUAAGCAUUUAACCAAA